GUGAUAACGUUCAAGAUCCAACGUCAGUAUUACGGAAGUGACGAUUACAGUAACUUGUGUCCACGUAGAUGUUGAAUAUACAGUUAGCAGUGUGAGGUUGUCUUUAUCCGUACGUCAAAUUACAUUUUACAAGGUAGUCCUCAGCAGUAAAGAACUUAUUGAAGCUUGCAAUGGAUCAAAUUAAGAAAUUCGUUGAACCAAGUCGUAAAUUUACUAAGGACAGCAUCAGAUUAGUUAAAAGAUGCACAAAACCUGAUAGAAAAGAAUUUCAAAAAAUAGCUAUCGCUACUGCUAUUGGAUUUUGUAUAAUGGGAUUCAUUGGAUUUUUCGUAAAACUCAUUCACAUUCCUAUCAAUAAUAUUAUUGUGGGCUCGUAAAAUUAAGACAUAGAAAUUUAUUCAAUUUAUUAUUAAGAAAUAUAUUAUUCUGAUUACUUCCCGAAAGACUUCGCAAAAUGAAAACAAAAAUUGACUUUCCGUUUAUUAAAAAAAAAAAUAAUAAUACUUGUAUUUAUGUCACUGAAAUUAA